AUGCCUAAAAAGCAAACGAAUUUCCCAGUAGAUAACGAAAACAGACCUUUUAGAUGUGAUACCUGUCACCGUGGUUUCCAUCGGUUAGAACAUAAAAAGAGACACUUGAGAACACACACUGGGGAAAAACCUCAUCAUUGCGCAUUUCCUGGUUGUGGGAAAAGUUUCAGUAGAAGCGAUGAACUGAAAAGGCACAUGAGAACGCAUACAGGGCAAUCUCAAAGGAGAUUGAAGAAAGCUAGCGUACAGAAACAGGAGUUUUUGACAGUAAGCGGAAUUCCUACCAUUGCAUCGGGCGUGAUGAUACACCAACCAAUACCGCAAGUCCUACCAGCAAAUAUGGCCAUAAAUGUUCAGGCAGUAAAUGGAGGUAACAUUAUACACGCUCCCAAUGCGGUGCACCCAAUGGUGAUACCAAUCAUGGCCCAACCAGCCCCCAUUCAUGCCUCCGCUGCAUCUUUCCAGCCUGCAACUUCUCCUAUGCCAAUUUCUACAUACACUCCAGUUCCAUCGCAAUCAUUCACCUCUUUCCAGAGCUCUAUUGGCUCCAUACAGUCAAAUAGUGAUGUUUCAUCUAUCUUCUCGAACAUGAAUGUUCGCGUAAACACUCCACGCUCUGUGCCAAACUCUCCGAAUGAUGGAUAUUUACACCAGCAACAUAUCCCACAGCAGUAUCAGCAUCAAACUGCCAGCCCUUCUGUUGCCAAGCAGCAGAAAACUUUUGCACAUUCUCUUGCAUCUGCAUUAUCUACCUUACAAAAAAGAACGCCUGUAAGUGCCCCUUCCACCACUAUAGAAUCACCAUCCUCACCAAGUGAUUCCAGUCAUACCUCUGCAUCCAGCAGCGCUAUCUCUUUGCCUUUCAGCAAUGCUCCUUCUCAGCUCGCCGUGGCCAAAGAACUUGAGUCCGUCUAUUUAGAUUCCAAUAGAUACACCACCAAGACUAGGAGGGAAAGAGCAAAAUUCGAAAUUCCUGAAGAACAAGAAGAAGAUACCAAUAACAGCAGCAGUGGUAGUAAUGAGGAGGAGCACGAGUCGCUAGAUCAUGAAUCUAGCAAAAGCCGAAAGAAAUUGUCAGGCGUAAAAUUGCCGCCUGUACGUAACCUACUGAAACAAAUUGAUGUUUUCAACGGUCCCAAAAGAGUUUAA